UAUCAUUGACCCUCAUGGAAAUUCUUUAUUUCUCUCUCACAAAUUUAAUCUUGCUGCAUUUGUAUACAAUAUAUAUGUGUGAUACACAUUUCAACAUAUGCAUACAUAUAUAGAGCUAUAAGUGUUAUAACUUAUUAAGUAUAAGCUUAACGGUUUUAUUAUACCAACCAACUGACCCUUGUCACAUUUGUCAUAAUAUUUUAUUAUUGAUAACACGCAUACAUAUUUUUAUUUUUUAUAAUGAAAUUGCUACAAAUAAUAAUUAUUGCUUCUAUUUCCAUUACCUGGUGCACAGCUAUGUUGAUUGAUCAUCAAAUAAAAGAUGACAACAGCAUUAUGACAAAGCAAGAUGGGAGUGGCUGUCUUUGUGAAAAUUAUUCAUGUGGAUGCUGUGAUAAUGUAAAUUGGCUAAAAGCCAUUGUUUGCACAAAUAUAUCAUAUCUUGCUGAUGAUUAUGGUUUUUCAUUAACAGUAACAUGGAAUAAAUAUGUUUUAUACAACAAUACAAUAUCUGCUAAAAAUCCACCGGCUUUUUGUGCUGAUAUUCCAGAAUUGGAAAAAAUUGGCGAAAUAUGUUUACGAUUUUAUGAUUUAUCAAUAGCAACAAAACAUUUUCAUGGAUGUAUGGAAGUUAAAGUUAUACUUUGGCAUGCUGUGCAUAAAAGUAUUAGAAUUGGUUGUAUCACUAUUCCAAAUGAUAAAAAUAUACUGCAACAAUUGCACAUCAUUGACGACGACAAUCAUCAAAAUAGCCAUAAUAAUUCAAGCAAUCAUGAUAUUCCAUCAGUUAUAAUUGUAUAA